AUGGUAACCCGAAAACCGCUCCCAGAAUCGGCAGCGCUUGACCCGGCUGUGCCGCGCGAUGCGUUGUCCCCGCGCCAUGGCGAAGAUGAGGCGAUAUGGAGGGACGGUACGCAGCAACAACAGCAGCCUCGACAAAUGACGAACUUCACGCCAGCCGAUUUGCCGAGGUCUUUGCAGCCGGGUCCCACCGACAGCGUUUCCGAGUUGGGCGAGGAGGAUAACAUCUGGGCGGAGAGGGUUCCCGCGUUUAACACGGGUGACAUGAACCAAGUACCGGCGGCACUAAGGCCAGGUGGCAGCCAUGGUGUGGAAGCAGACCUGGGGCCUGGGGGAAGUUCCAAGCCAGAAACGAAUCCAUUUAAGAGAAAGAUGUCGCUCAGUGCGUCUGGGGCCGGCCAGAGCAAGCCAGGAGCACCGUCAAAUAUUCCGCCCGUGCCGUCUGUCCCAGUCGUGGACUUUUCGCAGCUCGGCGUGAACGAGUCAAGACCAAAUCCUUGGCAAUCACCCGUGGACGAGGCUAGCGGCAUCACCCCGCCAGCCCCGAGGCUACUGGAGCAAGACUACGAUGGGAACAACGCGUGGGCAUCAGCUCGGCCGUCCCGCCAACCUACGCCUGGGCUGGGGUCAGAAUCUCCGGCGCUCGUGUCUCUGCCCUCUGAGGAGGGCCAAAGUAUAUGGGGAGACGAACCUAAACGGGAGGGUCAAGGCGCAUGGGGGGAGGAGCUCAAAGGCCAGACCCUCUCGGCACCGCCUGCAGCUACAGAGCCAAAUCCGGAACCACUCUCGAGGCAAAGCACGUGGGAAAAUUUCAAGGAUGAAGAUCCCGUCGGUCAAACGACUCACGCGACGGUUCCCACGACGGCUCCCGCAACGACUCCCCCAAUAGCUACCAAGGCAGACCCCGAAGUCCCCCCUGCGGCGGUCCCCCAAGGCGGCCCCCCUGGAAGAAUCAGCUGCCGAGGUAGCUCCCACCGCCGCACCCAAAUCCGUACGGCCGAGCUGCCGCCCGUGCAACCCUCUCGGCCUGUCGACAAGUCGGAAGACGUACCAGAACGCCAACGGGCCGUGCCCGCUAAGUUGCCCUGGGUCAACGCCCUUACCCUGACGACCCCGGCAGAAAAGACGAACACGGCGCUCGUUGAGACGCUGAGAUCGCGUGAGCAAGUAAGCCUCGGUUUGCUUCUGGACGCCGUGUUUGACGAGCUUAUGUCGGAAAGACGCGCACAGCUUGACGUUGCCCUCCCGGACGUGACAGAGCUGUACGACUUUCUCAAGGGGCUUCACACCGGCAUGAACGUCAACCCGCGUUUUGUGCCAACUCCAGAAGUGGUGACGGCGUUCAAGCGGACCUCACUCACGCAUCUUCAUCCCACUGAACGCACCGAUAUGAUUCCUGGCACGUUUGAGCAUACCAGAGAGAUGGUUCUCUACUCGACCUUCUCUAUCCCUCUCAUCCAUGGCUGGCUUCCGGCAAAGGAUGACGCGGUAUGCGAGGCGCUCUCACGGCAGGCGGCGUCAUAUGAAGAUACGCAAAAUCUGUUAUUUCCGGAAGAGGAGCUGGACCAGAAACUGUGUGAUCCCAACCAAGGCCUCACACCCGAGGAGCAGCAACUUUACCAAGACAUUUUAACUAUCAAGUCGUUCUUGAGCACAUCAGCUACGCAACUUACCAAGGCCGGGCUUAAUAUCAUCAAAACGGCCAUGAAACCAGGGUCCAUGGCAAUCUUGUUCCGCAACGACCAUUUUUCGACGCUUUAUAGACACCCACAAAGCCUGGAAUUGUUCACUCUCGUUACGGAUGCCGGGUACGCUGGUCACGCCGAGGUGGUGUGGGAGUCCCUCGUCGACAUUAAUGGCGAGAGCGCCGAGUUCUUCUCGGGCGAUUUCCGUCUCGUUGGCGGUGCCACCGGUCGGCCUGGAUUUUCGGAGGAUGGUGGGCUCGAGAACUGGGCCGAUGCCGUGUCCGACAAUAACAACGACUGGACCACAGUACAACCCAGGCGCGGCCGCACGCAGACCGCGCAGCAAAGCGCUUCCGCCGAGCCGCCCCUCUCCCCUAACCACGAGCAAGAGGAUCGCGACCUCCCCCUCGCUCUACAGCUUCAAGGAGAAGAAGACGAGGGAGCUCGCAAUGAGCCAAGAACGCCGCCGUCGCCGACAACACAAACAGUGCGCUCGCUGAUCCCGCCGCGGAACGCUCCCGCCCCCACCGCAUCCACCGGGCCAGCCAGGAUGACAAACCGGCCUGCCGAAGACGGACUGGACGACGCACCUCCAAGCUACGAGCAGGCGGCGAAACAGCUUCCGUACGUCCCACCCCAGGGCCACCCCAGCCAUCCCAGCAGCACGGGGACUGGGUCGGGGUCUCGGCCGGGGCAAGGCCAAGGGCAAGGGCAGGGAGGCGGACCCCGACCGCUGCAGCAGCGACAACAACAACAACAACAGCAGCAGGGGAGCCCGAGGCCGGGCGCGCCGCUCGGUGGGAGGAGUCCUGCUAUGGGCAUGGGCGCGGGGGGCAUCAUCGUGCCCCAGCACGGGAGGGGGAAUGGGUAUCCCGGGGGCUGA